UCGCGCGAGCGAAAACACGCAUCAUAAGCCCAACAGCAGUGCAGUGAGUGAGUGAGCAACAGCGGUGUAGCGGCGGCAGUAGCAGCAGCUACAAUCAGCGUACGUGUGUGCAGGGGUACAACAAUCAACACCAGCUGGUUCGAACCCGGAGAAGGACGUUCCGCGAUCGCUCAACGCAAGGGAAACAGAGGAAACAGACGCAAGAGGCAGAAAGGCAUCUGGGAGGACCCCCGGGGAACCAUGACACUGACCAGCGUGCUGAAGGACGACGAUGGUCCGCUGAGCAGCUCCUGCUGCUUCGCGACACUUCGUGGCCUAUGUCCGCGAGGUGGCGCGACCGAGACACCGGCGAUGGCGGACAGGAGCGCGCCCCCGAAACCGGUGCCGAGGGCCGAGGUGCACCACCCGGACGGAGCGAAACCUCCGCUAGCGGUACCGAACGAUGGCCGCUACCACAUCCAUCACCAUCAUCUGCGCGAACGGCCGGAGCACGACUACACGCUGGACGUGAUCACGGUGCAAGGUGUACAGCCGCACCAUAAGACGAGCUACCUCGAGACGCUGAUGCACCUGUUCAAGGGUAACAUCGGUACCGGGUGUUACGCGAUGGGCGAUGCCUUCCGGAACGGUGGGCUACUGCUGGCCACCACACUGACGCUCUUCCUCGGUUUCGUCUGCGUGCACUGUCAGCACGUGCUGCUGAACUGUGCCAACCUGAUGCAGCAGAGGAUACGCGAGGAGCAGCAGGGUCUGAGCGCCGGUGCAGGCAUGAAGGUGGCCCUCCCCUCUGACGGGGGCGGUCAACCGCUCGACUUUGCCGAUACCGUCGGGUACUGCUUCCAGUACGGUCCGCCACGGUUCCGACGGUGGGCCACAACGAUGCGCCACACGGUCAACGUGUUCAUCUGCGUGACACAGCUCGGUUUCUGCUGCAUCUACUUCGUCUUCAUCAGCUCGAACUACAAGCAGAUCGGUGACCGGUACGGGCUCGAGCUAAGCGCCCACCACUACAUGGCCCUGCUGCUGGUACCCAUCAUACUGACCUCCAUCAUCACGCAGCUCAAGUUCCUCUCGUACUGCUCGAUGAUAGCGAACGUGUUUAUGACGUUCGGCAUCGGCAUCACGUUCUACUACGCGCUCAAGGAUCUACCCUCGAUGGCCGACGAGCUGGCUACUCGGGGUCUGAUUGGUGAGCCGGAGCGCAUACCCCUCUUCUUCGGGACCGCCAUCUUCGCGUUCGAAGGUAUCGCGCUGGUGCUGCCGCUGCAGAACGAGAUGCGGCGGCCGGUUGACUUCGGUCGGACCUUCGGUGUGCUGAACGUCGGUAUGGUCUUUAUCGUCACGCUGUUCACCGUGUUCGGUUUCGUCGGGUACCUGCGCUGGGGUGACGAGGUGCAGGGCAGCAUGACGCUCAACCUACCGGAUAACGAACUGCUAGCAGAAGGGGUGAAGAUGAUGAUCGCCACCGGCGUACUGCUCGGUUUCGCGCUCCAGUUCUUCGUCGCCAUCAUGAUCCUGUGGCCGAUGGUGGAGAGCCGGUCCGCCAUCGCCCGACAGUAUCCCGUCAGUUGCGAGAUGAUCUUCCGCAUCCUGCUGGUGCUAAUGACCUUCCUGAUUGCCAAAUUUGUGCCCAGCCUGGGGCUCUUCAUCUCGCUCAUCGGGGCAUUCUGCUCGACCGCUUUGGCCCUCAUAUUUCCGCCCAUCAUCGAGCUGAUAGUGGGCUACUCGGCCCCUAACGAGCGUCCGAGCGGCUGGCUGCUGGCCAAGAAUAUCUGCAUUCUGCUGCUGGCCGUGCUCGGGUUCGUCACCGGUACCUACGAGAGCGUCAGCAAGAUUAUUGAAGCAUUCUAGGUUCGAGCCAGCAGCGGGCCAUACAUUUCACUAUAUCCCCAUAUAAUGGACUCUACACUAUAGACAGCUAGCUAUAAUAGGCAGUAGGAAGUAGCAGUGGUGGUGGUGGUAGUGGUGGUAGUUGGACAGGAGCGGCAGGGAAUGUGUGAUUGAUUUCCAGCAAAUAAGAGUUAUACUACGGAAUAGCCUGCGGAUGCCUAUCGAUACGGCUCGUAGGAUAUGUAAAAACAAACCUCCUCCCCCCCGCUCCCUCCCUACCUACCUGCCUACCACGGUGAUAUUUGAAAAGACAGGCGCACUAGAGUAGAUUGGACGAGGAGGUGAAUCUACUCUGGUGGGGUAACGGCGUGGUGCUGCUGGGUUAGAAUAAAGAUGGAAAGGCAUUCAAAACUCGGAAUUCGGAAUACAACCGACCGACGGUUCUCAUCCGGUUGGGGAUGUUGUGACGCAUUUCAAACGUACCGCCGUACCGCUAUGUGCAAUAAAAUACAAUCGACAGAUUGUCCUUAGGAACCAGAUUGCGUU